AUGUUAUGUAUUUCCAUUAUCGGAACUGUAACGGCUUUGAUUUUUGGCGGUAUUUGUGGAGGCAUUGUUGGAGGGUAUAUUGGUAUCGCAAUAUCAUAUCUUAAUAACGAACUCGAUAGAGUCGAAGAUAAUGUUAAAUUUUACGCAUUUGAAUGUUUCAUUUUUGGUGCAUUAGUAAACGCCCUCAUCAUUUUUGUCUUCUGCUAA